UUAGCGAUUAUUUCUGCUUGUAUUUUGCACUGACGUUUUCAUUAGACCAAUUCGAAUUCUUUGUCGCAGCGAAGGUUGCAUUAGUUAGCGACGUCAUGCCAAACAACGUGAACGUUGCUGGUGCACUGUUUGUUGGUGAUAUGGUGACAGGUAACACGCCAUUGUGUUUCCGCUAAAAAUAGCUGAUUUGAAGCCGGCCCAGCUGUUUUUGUCUUGUGAAUAGCGAGACUGAACUUUCAGUGUUUGGUCUGCGGGCCUGCAAGCCAGGUGUUCUCGUGUCUAGUGAAAUGUGUUCUCGAGGUGUUCUGAACACUGUCGAUUCAGACGACUUGCUACCAAGGAUCAGAACUCCAGAUCCAUUCGUCGAUUAUGAAGGGAGUGAGAGCCCUACGUUCGGAGGAACCAGUGCCACGUUCCCCUUCUCCAAAAUGACUCUGGAUGACUUGGGAACGGGCAGCAUCUCGCCUCGCAUCCUGUCCAACGAGAUAUCAGCGCCCUAUGAGGUGCCUCAGUUUCCGAUAGAGCAGCUGGAGAAGAAACUGGCAAUCCAGAGACAACUGUCCAGCAGGGUGGCAAAAGAUUUGGAGGACCGACGCAGCCAUUACGAGCCAUCAAUAGGAACAGUCCCGGACGAGGGCGAUCACGCUUUCAAACUAGAAGAACAUGACUUUGUGCCCCACUUUCAGCGCGUCUCUGUCAGCGGUGAGGACACGAGCGGGGUACCCUAUGAGGAUCUGGAGCAGGCGGCCCGGCUUCUGGUUCAGGCGCUACACGUUCGGGAGCGUUACAUGGCCGUGUCACACCAGACAUUCCCCAGCACGGCGUCCCGUUUCCUGCGUUCCGUGGAUUCGGGCUGCCCUCAUCUGCUUGACGUUAUUAAGCACGAAGACCGCAAGACCAUUGAAGUUGACAGAAAUCACGCAGAUGCGAAGUUGAAGCAAUGGAAGAGUGAGAAAAAAAUAUCAGAGCACGAAGAAAUGUAUUGUUUGAGGUGUUCUCUCAGCGAUGCAGAAAUGGACCGCAUCCUGAGUCAAGAUGAGCAGAAUCUCGUGAAAGAUCACCCAGUGCACGCACCUGCCAGUAAAGGGAAUCCUUGGGACUGUGAGUUUAUGCCGGACAGAGGCUACCUGAUGCGAUCAAAAAGCGGUGUAUACAAUGUUUACAAGGAUCAAACAGCAAUGGAUAACGAUGAACCUUGCAGCUUUCCUUAUCCUAAUCUCGACACCUUCGUUCGUGACAUGAACAGAUUGUGCGUCAUGAUCGCCGAUGGACCGCUGAAGUCGUUCUGCUAUCGGCGGCUGAGCUGCUUGUCGUCUAAGUUCCAGUUGCAUGUUCUGCUAAAUGAACUGCGUGAACUUGCGUCGCAGAAGGCUGUUCCACACCGUGAUUUCUACAAUAUCAGGAAGGUGGACACUCAUAUUCAUGCAGCAUCCUGCAUGAACCAGAAACACCUUCUGCGCUUCAUCAAGAAGACACUGAAGAACCAUGCAGAUGAGGUGGUGGUAAACAGCAAGGGACACAGCAUGACCCUACGGGAGGUGUUCCAGUCGAUGAAUCUUACGUCAUACGACCUUACAGUUGACAUGUUGGAUGUACACGCUGAUCGUAACACAUUCCACCGAUUUGAUAAGUUCAAUGCCAAAUACAAUCCUAUUGGUGAGAGUAGACUACGAGAAGUAUUCCUCAAGACGGACAACUAUCUGAAUGGAACGUACUUUGCUAGAAUAAUCAAGGAGGUGUCGGCAGAUCUCGAAGAAAGCAAAUACCAGAAUUCAGAGUUGCGGCUGUCCAUCUACGGCAAACACCCAGAGGAAUGGGAUAAACUGGCGAAAUGGGCAAUAGAUGGUGAUGUGUACUCUGACAACGUGCGCUGGCUAAUUCAGAUUCCACGUCUGUUUGACAUUUUUAAGUCCAACAAGCUGAUGAAUAACUUCCAGGAGCUUCUGACCAACAUCUUCCUUCCACUGUUUGAAGUCACAAACAACCCGAGAAGCCACCCAGAGCUCCACAUGUUCCUGCAGUAUGUGGUUGGAUUUGAUUCUGUUGAUGAUGAGAGUAAGCCAGAGAAUCCGUUGUUCGAUAAGGAUGUGACACUGCCAGAGCAGUGGUGUGAUGAGGAAAACCCACCGUAUGGCUACUAUCAGUACUACACUUAUGCCAACAUGACUGUUCUGAAUCAUUUUCGCAGGGAACGAGGAUUGAACACGUUUGUGCUGCGCCCGCAUUGUGGUGAGGCAGGUCCCAUUCAGCAUCUCGUUUGCGGGUUCAUGAUGGCCGAGAACAUCUCCCAUGGACUGCUGUUACGGAAGGUACCUGUUCUGCAGUAUCUGUACUAUCUGGCGCAGAUCGGCAUCGCGAUGUCACCUCUCAGCAACAACUCUCUUUUCCUCAACUAUCAUCGCAAUCCACUGCCCGAGUAUCUGGCCCGCGGGCUUAGUGUCAGUCUGUCUACUGAUGACCCGCUACAGUUCCACUUCACUAAGGAACCCCUGAUGGAAGAGUACAGUAUUGCGGCGCAGGUAUGGAAACUGAGCUCAUGCGACAUGUGUGAACUUGCCCACAACAGUGUCCUCAUGAGUGGCUUCCCCCACAAGAUGAAGCAAUAUUGGUUAGGACCAAACUACACCAAGGAAGGCGUAGCAGGCAACGACAUCACCCGAACCAACGUCCCUGACAUACGAGUAGCAUAUCGCUAUGAAACUCUACUUGAUGAGCUGUCAAAUAUAUUCAAGACUGUGGAAAAGGAAUCGGGACCAGUCACGCCAAUGACGGACCAGCUCCAUCCCCAUCAUGAGGAUUUGAUGUAACCGUUCAUCCAGACCAUUUGUUGUUACAACAUGGCAUCAUACAGGUGAAGAUUAGAUCAUCACAAUAUACAUAUAUUCUCUGAACAAAUCCAUUAACAGAACCAAAUGUACUGAAUUGUCCAUGUGAGAUUCGGUGAAAAUAUUGGAAUCAUAAAGCACUUCACUCCUUUAUUGGGAUCAGUGAUUUGGCAACCAUGUCCAUGAAGGAGGCCAGCUUGACAUCGCGCACGCUGAUGCCAUUAACGUCGUGUGAUGACAGCGUCACCUGCACCUUGUUGUAGACAUUGAGCCAUUCAGGGUGAUGGUCCAUCUUCUCUGCCAUUAGCGCCACUCGGGUCAUGAAGCCAAAUGCCUGCAACGGUCUCUCUGUUACAACUUGCGGGAAGAAUAUAAACAGCACGUGGAUCAGACAAAGGAGACAUUCUGGGAAACUGAUGAUACUACGUGGCUAACUCUGAAAACAGAUCUUUGUAGGUUUCCUCAAGGAGGAAUUGACAACAGUGACUAUGAGUCAUGUCAGUAUCGAUCAGAAUGAACCCCAAGUCCUGGCCUGGUUCUUCUUUCUUUGGCUUACUCAUUGCCCUGAUGAUGGAGGCAGUAAGCACCUCUUGAAAUGUCGGUAAACUUCUGCUGGACUAUAAAGUUGAACAUAUCAGAAGACAGCGAUCUUCAACAAGGAAUAUAUCCUGGAAUUUUGAUCAUAUUGUGACAAAAACUUUUAUCAUUAACGGAAACUAAAGAAUAUAUCUGGAAACUUUACAGAAUAUUAUCUUAAUACGCUGAAUAGUUGAACACUGUCUGCAGCGCACACACACAAACCUGAUUGAAGUUGGUGAACAGAUAUUCCUUGUAGAUAGCGUCACGAGCAUCCAUCAUGGACCAGUUGUUCGAGAGAAGUGGUUCCAGCUUUGCUGUCCGCUCUUCAGGACUCAGUUUUCCAGCCUAUGACAGUAAUUAAUAUUAUUAUAUUCUUGUUUUACAUUAGCACUCUAAAAUUUCAUUUAAUAUAAUCCAACUGCAAACAUGGUAAGAAGUGUAACUUUUUCUCAUUUAACUCCACUGUUGCAGGUGUUUGUAUAAAUUUUAUAUAAUAUUACAGUGUAACGAUAGUAAUGAGUGAAAUGUUAAGAGGAUACAUUUGAAAGUAAAUUUUUCUGUGUACAUUCAUGUUGAAAGAGACUUAAAAAUACACUGUCUCGAAUCUG